CAACGGCCCAGCGCCCCAGCCACUGAGCCACCCGCCCGUCUCCCCACUGCCCCGAGCCCCCGAGCUGCGCAGGGCCAGGCUCCGGAGUCCGGCCGCGCGCCGCCGCCGCGCCGCGCCGCGCCGAGCAGCCAGCCAGCCAGAGGCGACGGCUGACGUCCCGAGCCUAGGUAGCAUCCUCUAACCCAGGCGAACAUGCCAGUGAAGUGAACCAAGGGUUGAUCGGCGUUAACUGAGUCAGAUUGUUUGUUCGCUGGGGAGUGCGAGCUUAAUCAGCCACCAUGGAUGUCGAUAAGCAAGAAACAAUGGAGGAGACCAUCCUUGUUGGUGAUGAUCUCAUGCGAGGGCCACCAUCACCUGUCAUACCGAAAGAGAUUGCAUCACAUGUCCUUGAAGGCGUUGAGCUUUGUGAUGGUAUACUAAGGAAUCUUUUCUUAUGCCUACAGAUAAAUGAUAUUGAGCCAUUCUGCCAAGAUGAAAUUGUGUUAUACCGACAAUGUGCUGAGAAAAGGGAUAAGGAAAUAAGAGAACGGAUGCAAGAUAGUGAAUAUAAACUGGGCUUUUCGAUGCCUCUGGAGGAAGCAAAGGAGAGAGCUACCCAACUCCAAUCAGAAGUCACGCUGCUAGAAAGGCGCAUGAUUCUUGCAAGUGGACUUGAGGGUAUGGAAGGAUUUCGGCAGGGAUGGAGCUUGCACGGGCAGCUUGAAGAUACAAGGAAAAGACUUGAGGCACUGAACCAUGGCAUUGGAAAAAGAGACAACCAAAGCUCUACGGGGGAAGGGACAAAAUCAGCUCCAGCUGGGAAGAGGUGGUUCUUUUGGUAGUGGAGUAGGUUGUCUUGUAUACUCUACCCUGUGCUUGCCGCGGAUUUACAGAAUGCGCUGUGCAGGGUCUGCAAACCCCAAAGGCAUCCCCGUCCAGCUGUACAACUAUUUUGAUCCAGAUGUUGCGGAUAACUUAUUAGCUUCCUUUGAGCAACUUCCUGAAGCAAGAUGGCAACUGGUAGAGCUAUAAUAUGUUUACACUCUGCACCUCUAUGGUCGUGCCCUAUACACCCCUCUAAAGAGUGUACCGUACUAAUGUCUUCUGCUUCUCAACUCUCCAGAUGAAACCUUACUCCGAAGAUUCCAUUGUUUUUGUCACGAGACAUGUCUGGAUUGCUCACUUUGAUCUCAACGUACUACUAGUUUGUUG